AUGUUUUUGAAGAGUUACGAUAUUACUCUACCUGCUGUAAAUGCUGAUGUUUUGGAGAAUGGAACUAUCAGAGUAUGUGUUGAUGACUUAAUGUCCAAUUUCAACAGGGGGAGUAGAAUUUUACGUACACUUUACGUUGUAACUUCUAUAUUAUCGUGUGUAUGUCUGUUGAUCACUUUUCUCACAUACUGCUUCUUCAGCGAACUAAGAUCACUUCCAGGGAAAACAAUAAUGGUUCUUGUUUCUACUAUCUUUAUCAUAAAUAUUGUAUCUCUGGCGAGUUACGGGGAAAACAAAAACAACACAAAAUGUGUUGUUGUUGGUAUUCUUCUUCAUUACUUCUGGCUCUCGUCUUUUACAAGUAUGAACAUCUGUUGUUUUCAUAUGUAUCGGGUUUUUCACGCCAGAAUACCUCUGCAAAUCUACAAUGAAAAUUUACUGCUUAUAAAGUAUUGUAUUUAUAUCUUUCUCUUGCCACUUUUAACUGUCUUAGGGUAUAUUAUUACCAUGUUUUCAAUUCGGGGGAAUGUUGGUUAUGGAAAGGAAAAUUGUUUCAUGGAUGGAAAAAUGUCCGUUAUUUUUACUUUUCUAGUCCCGGUUGGUUUUCUCUGCAUCAGUAAUGUCUUUUUCUUCUCACAGACAAUUCAUGCAAUUAAACUUUCUCCAACAGUUUCUAACAAUAAACCCGAAAGGAACGAUUUUUUAAUAUGUGUACGCUUAUUUCCUGUAACAGGAAUUGUCUGGCUUUUGCAGAUUUUAGACGGUCUUUUACCGCCAAGUUAUUUCACGUACAUUAUUUCCAUCCUGAACACAUUACAGGGCGUCUUCAUAUUCCUGGGUUUUGUUUGCAAUAAGAGGACAAUUCUUAUGUACAAAAAGAUAUUUAAGGAAAAAACUGGGAUUACUAAAAGUACGGAUCCCAGUAGUGCGUGUGAAACACUCAAAAUGUCGAAAAUUGAGAGCAGUUAUUAG